AUGGCCUCGCACACGAAACAUUCGUUCGACCUUCGUGCUGUUCAAGAGCCUAAGCCUAUGGAAAUCUACUCGCUUGAGCGCGACCCUUACUCACGACGUAUUGUAAGCCACGAAACUCGAAAAAUCGUGGUGAUGAGUCAGCUUAUUAGUUUCCGCUGUCGCAAACCUGGUGACCGCGUGGCGGUAUGCCGCGCGCCUAUGCCUGUGCUCGCUGUCGCCGAGUCUGUCACCUCUAAUGAAGCGGCUUCACAGACAAAAAAACCUGGGCAACCAGUAGGCGAGAGGCGUCCUGCUGGGCGAAGACGGAGGGACGUGCUACAGGUGGUGACACGUUCCUCUAUCCUUUCUGCGCUUCACGCUCAGCUUUGCGCAACCACGUCCGGCAGCGAAAUUCAACAAAUCGUGCUGAGCGCGCACAUCGACGGUGCAACUCCCGCUUCAAGCGCUGCUGGACUCGGGCGCGACGAACAACUUCGUUCGCCCCGAAAGUGUAAAGAUAUUCCCCAUCCCGAUGCGCGCCUCAAUCUACAGGAACGAUGA